AUGGUCGACAUUUCGCAGUUCGCAGAGGAACCAUAUGAUCCUGAUCCUGGAGAUGGAAUGGAUUUUGGCAUUGGGGGAGACCACUUCGACACAGUGGGAGAGGAACUCUUAAGUGCAGAGGAAUGGUACGAGGGCGCAGGGACUUGUUACUCUCAGGACGGCACAACCUUCUUGGACAUAUUCGACGCUGAUGAGUAUGCGGACUGCAGGAAAGAUAACCUUUUUUAUCCUUUUGCAUCGAGGAACGAGUGGGAAGUUGCCAAUUUUCUUCUUUGGUCCUCCCUCAGUAUGGCGGCAAUCAAUGAAUUUUUGGCACUCUCGAUGAUUUGCGAACUCAAACUAUCUUUCAACAACGCUAAAGAAUUACGAAGCCAUGCCGAGAUGCUCCCCAAGGGACUGAGCUGGAAAUGUCAGGUCAUUACCUCAUCCCAUAGCACGAAACACCUGAUCCGACUAUUCUGGAGGGAUCCUGUUGAAUGCUUAGAGAUUCUGUUCAGCAACCCCCUCUUCCAUGAUAAGCUUGACUUUGUCCCUUGUCGCGUGUACACUACUGCAGCGCGGGUUCUGCGUGUAUAUUCGGAGUGGCUGAUGGGUGAUUUUGCUUGGGAUAUCCAGAACCAACUACCUAGAGGCGCUACAAUCCUUGGGACUGUACUAUCUUCCGACAAAACAAACAUCACCACGAUGACCGGUGCCAGGGUCGCUCAUCCACUUCUUCUAGGCCUUGCGAAUAUCCGCAUGCGCACUCGCACCAAACUCUCAUCUAGGGCAUUCCUACUUACAGCUCUCCUCCCUAUCCCACAGUAUUUGCACCCAAAUCAACGGAUGCGGGGCGUUCUUGAAGAUCGCCUCAUACACGAGUGUCUUGUCAUUGUCUUGAAACCGUUGAUGAUAGCAGCCGAGAUUGGGAUCAUGAUGUCAGAUCCGGUGGGCAACCUUGCAAACAUCAAGGCCGACCCCAAUAACCUCAAAGCUUUUUUUGAAGCAUGCGCUGAAUACCGGCUAAAUGGUGUUCAUGCACCUUUCUGGAUGUACUUCUUUCUGACGCCGGAAUCUCUGCACCACUGGCAUAAGGAAUUUUGGGAUCACGACCUUCACUGGUGUCUUGUAGCUGUUGGAGCGCUGGAACUUGAUUUUAGAUUCUCGAUUUUGCAGCCAAUCACAGGCUACCGCCACUUCUCUUGUGUAAUCUCAAAGCUCAAGCAAGUCACAGGGAGAGUUCACCGUGAUGUUCAGUGCUACAUCAUUGGUUUAAUUGCUGGUACAGCCCCUCGUCGUUUUGUAACUGCAAUCUGUGCCCUUAUGGAUGUCCGAUACAUGGCGCAAUCCCCUUCUCCCGAUGAUAACCUACUGACAUCUAUCGACCGAUCACUCUUGGUAUUCCAUCAGAACAAAGAUGUCAUCAUGACAUUGGGCGCACGCAUGGGUACUAAGAAACCAAUCGACAAUUGGUUCAUACCUAAGCUGGAGCUAAUGCAAAGCAUUACUGCUAGUACGCGUAAAGUCGGUGCUCUCAUUCAGUGGUCUGUGGAUGCCACUGAACACGCUCACAUAUCCGAAAUCAAGGAUCCCGUGCGACAUACCAACAAUAACGAUUACGAUCUGCAAAUCUGUCGUCACUUGGAUCAAUUGGAGAAGCUACGGCACUUUGAAAUUGCCACGGCGCUAAAGAGUCAUGUCGUUGAUCCUGGUACCGAAACCGAGGAUGAGGGGGGCGAGGAAGAGGGUACUGCGUGUGAUGAAGAAGAACCAACUGAUCCACGAACUGCGCUCCUAGAGGAGCUCAAUUGUACAUGUGUUACUACUAACUAUUUCAACAGGGCCAAGGAUAUAACUGCUCUGUUGCAUCAAGCUUGCCCGGGCCCACCUCAAACAUUUACCACUGAUAAUGUUGCCAUUCACCUGAACUUCAAUCCGACCCACACCGGGAUGAAACUUGAUGACGUCUCCGACAAUUUCAACCUACCGGACCUCCACCACGCUCUUUCGGCCUUCUUACAACGUGAUACGAGGAACGGAAACAUGACCCAUGGAGUUGGGGUUCCAAGAAGGUCACUUAUCGACCGUCCUCCAAUUCUUCCCUUUGAUCGAGUUCAAGUAUGGCACACUGUUCGCUUACAACAGGUUUCAUACCAUGAUUCGAGUGUUGCCUUACCGGCCCAAACCUUGCACGCCUCUCCUUCAUCCCCUGAGUGGUUGAAAGGCCGAAGGGAUGCUGUCCUUGUGAAUAUUGAUGGACAGUAUGAAUGGCCCCAGUCCGGGUUAAAAGGACACACCAUCUGCGAAUUGCAGCUCAUCAUGCGCCCAAUGCCUCGACAAGGUUCUCGUAUUGGAUGGCGAGAUCAGUACCUGUGUUAUGUCCAUAACAUGAAGAUUGGCGCGGUCGACCCUGUAACUGGAAUGCACGUUGUGAAAUGUGCUAAGCACGCCAAUGGUUCUCCAGUGGGUGAUAUAGUUCCCCUUCGGCAAGUUCGUUCAUUUAUCAACCUCAUUCCUCAAUUUGGGGCAGCAGCGGAUGCACGGCUUGCAGGACCAGAUGCAUACACUUGCAAGGGAUGGAAAUUCAACCGCAGGAAACGAGUCAAGCGGACUGAAGAGUCUGACUCAGAGUCUGAUGAACUGGAGGAUGAUGAGGGCUCGGCUACAGAGAUCAAUGAGGAGGACAACAACAACAACAACAACAACAACAACAACAACAACAACAACAACAACAACAACAACAACAACAACAACAACAACAACAACAACAACAACAACAACAACAACAACAACGAUGACAAUGAUGAUACAGAUAAUGGCGGUGGCUCGAAGCUCAACUAUGAGGGUUCACUCGGGUCGGCAAUCCUUGGAAAAGACAAUCCACUCGAAGGGAGUUGGGAUGGCCAAGACUUUCAAGCUGGAUCAAAGAAAAGACGACGACGGGUGGUGCACACUACCGAGACAGACAUUCAGCGGCUCUUCUAUACCAUACAGUACCACUUGCACAACUCACUGAAGGACGACAUCCCCUACACAUUUGCGAUGGGGGCACGCUACUGGACAGCAGAGUUUUCUACCACUGCUAUUCCAGACGCUUUCAACGCCCAGAAGCCUGAUUUAUCCCUGUUCGACUUCGCACUCCUGAAGGAAAAGAAGUCGUGGGCAAAUGUCCUGGCCUUCGUGGAGCACACCUCUUCUGAUCUUUCCAAGAACAGAGGUUUAGCCGUGUAUUGGGGGACAGCAAUCAAAGCAUAUUUGAUCAUGCAACAACCAUGGCGUCGAUUCGUACUUGCCUACUCAAUCUGCGCGAAUAUGCUUCACGCACAUUAUUUCGACUGCUCUGGUGUCAUCAUAUCCCUUCCUUUCAACAUUCACAAGUCUCCCGGCUCUGUACGCCUCUGCGAUGCAUUAGCUGCCCUCACACUUCCGGAUAACCACUACCUGGGCCUUGAUCCCACUAUUCAUAUGUGUCACGCUGCGUGCAAUGGCACCCAUGUCAAUCUUGCAGAUGGGGCGAUAGGCUGGGUGGAAGACAACGGGGGCAAUGUCUAUUCAAUCAUGGCUGUACUAUGGAAGAGCCAUGGGUUUUUCUGCAGGGGAACGGUCUGUUAUCGUGUUAGAAACAAGGAAGGAGAGGAGUAUGCUCUGAAAGAUUGUUGGGUGGAGGAGUCGAAAAAAAUGCAUGAACCAACCGUUCGGAGGAUGCUUAAGGGUGUUCCUAACGUCAUCAAACUGAUUGAUGAUUGGGAUGUUUAUUACAAGGGGCAGCCUGAUUGCACGGCGCACAUUCGCGAGAAAUACGGCCAGGAUCAACGAGACGACACCGCAUUCUCUCACCAAGCAAUGAUUGAGAGACGAGUCCUACACGGGGACCUCAGUCCCAAUAACUUUGUCAUACAUAAUGGCAUUGGCUACUUCAUCGACUUCGACCACACUGCAGUGUUAGCAGGUACUAUGCCAUAUAUCUCAAUCCGGAUUCUCCAGAGCAUGAGGAAGAUGAUUGAUACCAACCUGGACACCAAUCACCUGAGCAGGGACGAUGCCCCGGCCAAUGCUGUUCAAUGGCUGAUUGAACACAGGCCCUCUGAUGACCUGGAGUCGUUGUUUUAUAUAUUUUUCGAGUUUGUUGUGAAGUAUGGGGGCGCGCAUGGUGAAUUGGCACCAUCCUGGACUCGAGACUCGCUGCCAUGGGUGAGUGCCUAUGAAGCCUUGGGCAAGGCUGAUCUCAAAGGGGCUUUGGGCACCUGCUGUUUCGCAAAAGUGGGGGUUGUCCUGGACCCGACUUUCAUGGUCCAGAUGACAUCAGAUUACUUCUCAACAUUUAAACCUCUCGUUCAGCACUGGCAAGCUUUAGUUUGCCUCGCGAACAUGCCCGACGAGAAAGAGAGAGUGGAGACCACUCACGACAAGGUUCUCGAGGUUUUGACUGCAUUUAUCGACACCUAUGUUGAAGUCCCACCCAUAAAUCCCUCAGCAAAUUCCAAACCUAUUCCCGAGGUAGGGUCCGGGGGGGAUAAUCCUCGCGUAGGUCGUCCUUCAAUUCCCGAGGCAGGGCCUUCAAGACUUCCACUGCGUCGCUCUACCCGGAAUCUUCACAAGUCCCGCUGA